AUGGCGGAACAAAAAGCACUAUUAAUUACAGGGCCUGGCGAUCGAAUUGUGCUGGGAACCAGACAUAUACCUACCCCAGGACCAAAAGAAGUUCUAGUAAAGGUAGCAAUUGCCGGAUUGAAUCCCCAUGAUCAACUAAUGCGUGAUGUGGGAUUUUUCAUCGGCAACAACGUGCCUGCACCCAUCGGUAUAGAUAUUGUUGGAACAGUGCAUGCCCUUGGAAAAAAUGUCGACAACUUCAGAGUCGGUGAUUUGGUGUUCGGAAUUGGAGACCCUUUUGAUGCAGAUUACAUGGGCACCCAAGAGUACGCACUGAUGGAUAUCGAUUUCUUGGGACAUGUGCCAUCGUCCAUCACACAAGAUGAGGCUGCUACCCUGCCUUUGAACGCACUUACAAUGUACAUUGCUCUUUUCGAUGCAUCCACGCACGACUUUCCCUCUCCGUUGACUCCGGCCGGAAAGUCAUUCGACUACAAGAAUACGCCACUGGUCAUCCUCGGAGGCGGCUCCAACUGUGGGAAAUUUGCCAUUCAGCUUGCCAAAUGGGCCGGGUUCGGUACCAUUAUUGCAAUCGCUGGCAAAACAAAAGCCGAUUAUCUUGUCGAGCUCGGUGCUACCCAUAUAGUUGACAGAACCUUGGCCGACGAUCAAAUCGAGUCCGAGGUACGAAACAUUGUGGGAGAUGAUCUUCUGCAUGUUUGCACUGCAGUCUUUGCAAAUGAUCAGACACUGGGUGCCCGCCUUCUGUCAAAUAGCAAGAGAGGGACUUUAAUUACAGUGACUAGGGGCACAGUCGAUGAAUCAAAACUGGGCGACAAAAAGGCUGGGUAUGAGGUGCGCGGAUUCUUCUGUCGCCCGCAUGCAGAGGAGAAGCGUGAGCUGGCAACGCUCUUUUGGAAAUCUUUCCCAGAUCUUAUCGAAAAGGGCAUUCUCAAGCCAACUCCUUAUGAAGUAGUCAAGGGCUUGGAUGAAAAUAAGAUCAACGAGAGCCUCGAUGCAUAUGGGCAAUCUAAAGGACCGACUAGGCCAAACAUUCAUGUAAGCGGCGCAUAG